AUGUUUCGAAUUCUCGAGUCCCAAGUUCCGGCCAGGCAGACGGCGACGGAUACAAUUAAUACUCUGAGCAAUAGGCUACAGAGCGCGACAUUGCUGGAGGACCGCAGAGCAGCCAUUUUGGGUCUUCGGAGUUUUGCUAAGGAAUACCCUGCAUCUGUUUCGUCCGGUGCACUUCGUCCAUUAAUAAACAGUUUGAGAAAAGAUGCAGAAGAUGUUGAUACUAUUAAGGUGGUCUUAGAGACAUUGCUGAUGUUAUUUUCUCCCAAUGAUAAUAGUCCCGAAGCAUCUGAUGAAAUUGCACUUUGGCUUGCCGAUGAGUUUACUCAACGGCAAGACAACAUAACAAUCCUGCUCGAUCUCUUGGACUCCAAGGAAUUCUACUCUCGAUUGUACUCCCUUCAAUUGAUGUCAUAUAUAUCAAGCGCACGCCCAGAGAGAACCCAAGAGUGUAUUUUUACGGCACCAUUAGGGAUAUCACGGCUAGUUAAUGUUCUGAGUGACGCUCGUGAGCCGGUGCGCAAUGAGGCCCUCCUUCUUUUAAUCGCAUUGACGCCAUCAUCUGCGGAACUCCAAAAGCUAGUGGCUUUCGAGAACGCCUUCGAACGUAUUUUUUCCUUAAUAGAAACCGAGGGCUCUUUAACGCAUGGGUCAACGGUUGUUGCAGACUGCUUGUCACUUCUGGGAAAUCUACUUGCGCUCAAUGUUUCCAACCAAUCAUAUUUCCGUGAGACCGGCUGUGUAAAGAAGCUUGGAGCACUCCUUUCUGAGGCAAACAGAGAGCAAGAAAAGGAAGAUGGCGUUCCUGAGUGGGCAUUGGAGCACCGGGAUAAGAACCUUUGGGGACUUUUGGCAAUAGUUCAGUUAUUCCUUGUUAAGGGUGGAAUCAGUACACCCGUCAAUCAAUCGGCAUUCUGGCAGAAUGGGGUUAUGGAGCAGGCUCUUCGUACCGCUUUCAAUACAAGUUUUGAUAUUAAGAUUAGGACGAAGGCUCUAUCUGUGUGCGCAGAUUUAAUACGCGGAAAUUCAAAUUUACAAGAACAGUUUGCGGAUAUAGAUGUCUUAGUUGGACCUACGCUGGCUCAGCCAAACAAAGAACCGCUUACCAACGGGGCAAAUACAAGUACGCACGAGAAGAUCAAUGUGAUCGAGGCACUUCUGGAGUUAACUCUCGAGUCAGAGUCAGCUCAUUUUCUCGAUGCGAGGCUCGCUGCUUGUGAGUGUGUCAAAGCUUUUUUAUCAAACCAUUCUGGAAUUCGACUCCAUUUUCUGCGCAGAGCAAUCGAUGGACAUACCAGUGGAGAAGACCAAAUUGCGAAUAUCUUUACAAUCCUUCUCCAGCCACUAGCUAGCAGAGGGAACGCUGACCCGUAUCAAACCUGGUUGGCCGCCGUUUUACUGUUCCAUUUGGUUUUUGAGGACCCAGAAGCAAAAGCUCUUGCUAUGAAAGUAACGGAAGGAGAUGAGUCGAGUGGUGAGGAGGUUAUUACUUGUGUUCAAGUCAUAGCAGGAAAUCUCAUAACUGGCAUGCAAAGGAAUGACGAUGAACGGAUCUCCGUGGGAUAUUUAAUGCUUCUUUGUGGUUGGCUGUAUGAGGACCUCGACGUUGUUGAUGAUUUCCUUGGUGAGGGAAGCAUUGUUCAGAGGCUUAUUCAGGAAACGAGUCGGAGUACUCCAUCCAAGACAUUGCUCCCAGGCCUUUCAGCUAUUCUGCUUGGAAUCAUCUACGAAUUCUCGACUAAGGACUCUCCAAUACCGCGCCCUAUAUUACAUCGGCUUUUAAUGAACGGGUUGGGAAGGGAACAAUAUAUCGAUAAGAUCACAAAACUUCGCGAGCUGUCGUUAGUCCGAGAUUUCGAAGUUCUCCCACAGUCAUCACAACUUGCCUAUGAUGGACUACCUGAGGUAUACUUCGAUAAAACGUUCAUCGAUUUCCUGAAAGACAACUUCAGCCGCCUGAUCCGUGCUAUUGACCGCGACCCAGGGUUCGAGGUGCCCAUCAUUGCUAAUGGCGUCCAGAAGGGAAUAUCUCGCGAGCUGGUAGAUACCCUUCGAGCCCAAGUGGAAGAUAAGGCGCAAGCGAUUCAAAAGCUCGAAUCAGAUCUACUGACUCUAGAGCGGAAAUUAGAACAGGAGCAACUGGACCAUAGAAAGACGAAAGAUUCAACUACCCUUGAGCUUAACAGAGUAAAGCAUCUCAAUGAAACGCUUCAGAGGAACCAUGAAGAGGAGUUGAGGACGCUCGAGGAACGGAACAAACAGUCUUACAACGACCUACUCCGACAGCACGGAGAACAAUUACGAACCAUAGACUCACAGCUCAAGCAGACAUCCACAGAACAUGAAAAGAACGCUGCAAAGAUACGUAAACGACAUGAGGCUGAAGUAGCGGAUCUGAAAAAGACCAUUCAGAAUCUUGAGGCAAGUCUUGAGAAAGCGGGCAAAGAUCAUAUUCAGGACCUCCAAACUGCUCACGAGGAGUAUUCCUCGAAGCUUUCCUCAUUGGAAGCACGGAAUCAACGGGCUGAAGAUCGCGCUGAGGAAGCUAGCGAACGUGCCGCAAAGGCCGAAGAAAAGCUUAAAACCGCACAGGCCGCGUUAGAAGCAUCCAGGAUCGAGUUAAAAGAGAAGGAAGAAUCUCGGAAAGCUGUACAGGGAGAGCUGGAGGAUCUAUUGAUCGUUUUCAGUGACUUGGAAAUGAAGCGCAACCAGGACAAGAAACGCUUGAAGGACCUCGGCGAAGAGGUCUCCGAAAUGGAAGAAGGCGACGAUGAUGACGAAGACGACGGGGAGGACUAG